CGAGAGAGAGAAAGAGAAAACACACCGAGUCGUCUCCUCCUCCUCCUCCUCUUCAUUAGGGCCGCCCCUGGAGCUGCAGCUGGUGAGCCGGGCGGGGAACCUCAGACUCACCUGGUCGGAGUCGCCAGGAGUUCGGCGCACAGCCCAGGUAGCCGCAGUUCCCGCCAAACCGUUCGCCCCCGGACAUGGUCCCGCUGGCAAGAGCAAGGCACAGAGGGGGCCCGGUUGGAGCCGCUUGCUUCCAGCUCGUCCUCGGCCUCCUGGUAUUAAGUUUAUUUUGCGAAGCUUGCAAAAAAGUUACCCUAAAUGUGCCUCCGAAACUAGAUGCAGACACUCUAAUUGGCCAAGUAAAUCUGAAACGGUGUCUUAGAACUCCUGACCUGAUCAGUACAAGUGACCCUGAUUUCCUAGUUCUGGAAGAUGGUUCUAUAUUUACAACAAAUGCAGUUUCUUUGUCUUCUGGAAAGAAAACAUUCAUCAUAUUGCUCAAGAACUUGCAAAAUAAUCAACAAAAGCAAAUACAUGUCAAUUUGCUGUCACAUUCCCCAAAAACACACAAAAGAGGAGAGACUGUUCUUAGACGCAGUAAACGAAGAUGGGCUCCUGUUCCAACUACUAUAAUGGAAAACUCACUGGGACCUUUCCCAAUGCAAAUUCAGCAGCUAUCUUCUGAUACAGCUCAAAAGUACAACAUUACCUAUUCUAUUAGUGGUCCUGGUGUUGAUCAACCACCACUAAAUUAUUUUUACAUUGAAAAGGAAACAGGAAAUCUCUUUGUCACUUGCCCAAUAGAUCGGGAAGAGUAUGCAGAAUUUCAGAUAAUUUGCUAUGCAAAGACGUUAGAUGGCUACACACCAGAGAUUCCACUUGUACAUAUAAUCCGAAUUGAGGAUGAUAAUGAUAACCCUCCAAUUUUUAAUCCUGAUACAGUUACUUUUAUUACUCUAGAGAAUAGCAGAUCUGGGACCUUGAUUGGACGGAUGACUGCAACAGACAGAGAUGAACCUGGUACCUUGCACACUAAACUGAAAUACAGAAUUGUGGGACAGGAUCCUACUUCAUCUCGUGGUAGUACUUUAUUUGCUGUAAAUCCAGAUAGUGGUGAUAUUUCUUUGCAGACCCCAUCCUUGGAUAGAGAGAAAACAGAUAGAUAUACGUUAUUAAUAGAAGGAAGAGAUAUGGCAGGUCAGAGUUUUGGUUUGUGCAACACUGGAACAGCUAUAAUUGAAGUUGGUGAUGUAAAUGAUCAUGCACCGAUGUGUGAACAUGGUGUGUAUGAAGUAUUUGUUUCCGAAAACACAGUUGCUGGAGAAGUAGUGAAAAUUGGUGCUGUGGACAAAGAUGUACGGGGAACUCCAGCCUGGCAUGCUACUUUCAAUAUUAUAAAGGGAAAUGAAGAUGGUGCUUUCAAAAUUGAAACAAACCGGGAUUCAAACACUGCUUCCUUAUGUAUUCAAAAGGGUCUGGACUAUGAAAGAACCAAAGAGAGAAGAUUAGAAAUUGUUGUGAAUAAUGAAGUACCUUACGUUUUAGCACCAAAUUCAGGACCAAUUUCUACAAGUACUUGUGUUGUUGUUGUUAAAGUACAAGAUGUGGAUGAAGGGCCUGUAUUCAACCCUAUUAUAUAUAUUUUAAAUAUCAAAGAAUGUUUGAAAGCUGGAACAGUGGUUGGCCAUUACUCAGCAAGCGACCCAGAGACCAGAAAUAGUGAAGACAUACGCUACAAAAUAAUAAAUGAUCCAUGUAAUUGGAUUACCAUUAAUAAUGAAGGUCAGAUCAGCACCACUAGAAUGCUAGACAGAGAUGCACCAGAUUUAAAGUUGUAUCAGUGUAAUGUAACAGUUGCUGCAAUAGACCGAAGUGGCAAAACGGGCACUGGAACAAUUGUAGUUAAUCUAUUAGAUGAGAAUGAUAAUUAUCCAGUCAUUAUUCCAACAAAGUAUAUAAUAUGCAGAGACAGAAAACCAAUUUGUCUUACUGCUGUGGAUGCUGAUAUAGAUCCUCACACAGUUCCCUUUACUUUUUCCCUUCCGGAAAGAGAGUUUCCAUCCUGGAGAUUAACUCAGAAUGAUGACAGAUCAGCAUAUUUGGAACCAGUAGACAAUUUAGAGUAUGGUCAAUACAAAAUUCCUGUUAUAGUAUCUGAUAAUGAAGGCAACUCUGGAACUACUGAAAUCGAAGUUACAUUCUGCGAUUGUACAGUUCCUAAAGAUUGUGUUUACUCACCAGAUAGAACUGAUUCGCAUCUGGCCCCAGAUGUUACUCUUGGUAUUUGGGCCAUCCUUGCUAUGAUUUUGGGAUCAUUGCUGCUGUUGUUAAUCCUGAUCACACUUUGUGGAUGUUUUGGUGGUGCACCCAUGACUAGUACUAAGCAUGUUCGUGAUGAUUUAGCCAAUCAGAAUUUAAUCAUAUCUAAUACUGAAGCACCUGGAGAAGAAGUGAUGGAUCCCAACAUACUUCCAAUAAAAACAGGAAACAUGGUUACUUCUGACCAAGGGGCUAUUCUUAAUGCUUCUGGAGUAAAAACUGGGGGACAGGAAUGUUUUGAAAUGGUCAAAGGAGGAGGACACCAGACCAUGGAAUCAGUCAGGGGAGGAGGACAGCACACCUUGGAAUCUGUCAAAGGAGUAGGGCAUCAUACGUUAGAAUCCGGAAGGGGAUAUGGGCAGACCAUGAUGGAUGCAUACAGAUACAGUUAUUCAGAAUGGCAGAAUUUCACACACCCUCGUCUGACUGAGAAAGUAUAUCUGUGUGGACAAGACGAAGAGCAUAAGCAUUCAGAUGACUAUAUUCUUUCAUAUAACUAUGAAGGAAGAGGAUCGCCAGCAGGCUCUGUAGGCUGCUGCACCGAUCAGCAAGAAGAAGAGGCACUUGACUUUUUAGAUCAGCUGGAACCAAAGUUUAGGACAUUAGCAGAAACCUGCGUGAAGAGAUAAGAAUAGAUGACUGGGUGGAAAAUCAUCACUCUUUCUAUACUGUUUCAAAGCUUGAAUACAACAGAUUGAUGUUUCUUUUUUUCUUUUUUCCCUCUAAUGGGUGUGGUUAAUCAAAAAGUACAUCCUAACAUUAGGUUUGAGUAAGGUUUCUAUAUCUAAACUUCAGGUGUUGUUCUGUUUUGCUUUAGACUAUCUUUAGCUGUUAAGUCAAUUUGUAAUUAACUUGCUUUUCCAGAUUUUAUUUUUAUUUUUUUGCAUCUGCAUUUCACAGCAACUUGGGGCUUUCUAGAUCAUCUGGGGCUGCUACUCUCAUAAUUUUUAGGCUUACCAUGAGGACUAGGAAUUCUGGGAACUGCAGCCUCAUCACAUCCAGCUGGGGAAAAUGACUGUAGGAGGUGCAUUACUUGCUGUUUUAGGGACUAAGCUUUAAAAAUAGCUAUCUUUGCCUGGGUGUUAGCAAGCUUUCUUUAAUUUAGCUAGAUCUUUAGUUUCAUAGAAAGAAAUGACAAGGAUUGCCGUUAUUAAUUUCUUGCAUCUUAUGAAAACAGAGAUUUUUUCUGUUUUCAGUGAUAAGAUGACAUUUUUUCCCAGGGCCUGCCUUUCCAUUCCUUUCUUCUAGUUUUCCUAUAUGUUUCUCCUUAGUAGACACCCAGUGUUUCAUGAUCACUGAGCAUAAUUGGGCCUUACCACCUUCUUUAGGAUUUGGAGAGUGGUGGUGGCAAAGUUUGGAUUUCCCCCUAAGCCUGCUAAUGCGUCUCUCUUUUAUGUGGAUGUUGUUCUCUUGACUAAUAAAGAUCUUUUAAGAAAGAAAUUGCUUAUAUAUAAUAAAAUAAGUUGGUCCUAAAUAAAUCUCUUUAAUUAGAGAAUACACAGAAUGAAAAGCAGAAAUGAUUUAGUAUAUAUAUUAUCUUAUCUAAACACCAGUACUGCUAGCAUAAAGGGAUGUAUUUAAUGCCAUUGCAGAAGCAAGCAUAGAAAUGAAUUUGCAAAGUGCAAAGGCAACAACUUUGUCCAAAUUUUUAAAUUAAUUACAAGUAUACCAGUAUUAUUUGCCUUACUGUUCACCUGAGGAAUACUGCUAGUUGUUUACUGUAAUUUUUAAUCACAUCAUAAGUAGAGGUAAAACUUGGGAGUGGAGGAACUACUAAUAUCAGACACCACUUUGUUUUCUUUCAUCAAAGGCAAAAUAGAGAGCCAAACUGGAUAGGGGACAAUGUAUGCUGACUCUCCAUUUUAUGUAAUGAGUCAUGCUCUGCAAUUUUCAUGCAUGAACAAACAUGAUCCUCAUUAUUCUGGUGUAAUAUAGAUUCAGUAUAUUUAUAUGCCUAUAGUUAGGGAAUUGGAGAAAUUAUAGGAUGCUAGAAAUCAUAAAAAAUGGCAAGAGGCAUAUAAUAGUUGAAGGUAUCUUUUUACCCACCCUUCACAGGUGUAGCCUAAACGUGGAGCUGGAUCUAGACUUAGUCUUGUUUAAAGUAAAUGGGAAAAAUUAUAACCAAUUUACCCAAUUGAUUUCUGUUGUGCUCUAAAUAUAAUUGAGUCUGGGUACAUUUUACUAAACUUUUAAUAAGAGAUAAAUAAAAGUUCUGAUAACCUGUAUUUACUAGCAAAGUUAUAUAGCUUCAAAGAAAGGUGUUGUUGUUGCUGUUGUUAACUAAUACCAGCAUGGUGAUGAUGAACAUUUAAGUGCAUCAAUAGGAAAGUGACCAGGUCUGAUAUAAUUGGAUAUAAAAGCAUAAAUGGCUGUUACUUCUGGUGCACUUAAUAUCUUAAAUAUUAAAAUGAAACAUCUCAGAAAAAUAGGAAAUAAAUUACAGAUCAAGGUUUUAGUAAGCAGACUUGACUCCAGUUUCUGAAAUGUUAUAUAGAGUUUUCUCACAGUCUAUCCAUGUAUGAUCACUUAAUGUGACUAAGCCAUAUUCAAAGCAGCGGAACAAGUUAAUAGCAGCUGCAUUUUGCAUUGGUUUUAAUGUGAUAGACUGGACUAAUUUUAGCUGAACCAUAUGUUUAUAAACUAAGGACAAAAUAAAUAUGAAAAAAUAUGAAAAAAGAUUAAGCCGAAGCAAGAAAAAAAUGACUUUAUCAAAGCUUCAUUCUUACUCUGUUUUUCCAGAGAUAAUGGGGAAUGGAUUACUUGUAAGUUUUGAGAAAAAGUUUUUUUU